CUCGCUCCGGCAGUACGCGAUGGGGUCGGAGGAGGGGCAGGGCAUCACGCUCGAGAUCGCGCAGCCGGACACCACGUUGCGCCUUGUCGACGGGGAGCUGUCGGCGCCGGCGUUGGCGUUGCGCGGCGCGGGCCCGUCGGGCCGGUACCAGCUCUGCUUUGAGCUCGAGUCCGAUGCCCAGGUGUCGGGCUGGCUCGCGGUGGACUACGAGAACCCCGCCGACGAGGGGGAGCGAGAGGCGGAGCGGCAUCGGCAGGCGGAGAGGCUGCAGGCGGCACAGGCCCGGCUGCAGGCGGCGGAGGAGGAGGAGGGCGAGCUCUCCCGGCGGCAAAAGGCAUGUGCUGGUCAGGUCGGUGCUGCGAGGCGCGCGCACGACUGCGCCAGCGCGGAGGUGCGCAGAAGCCAGGCGCUUCUCGCGCAGAAGCGCAGCAGUCGCGACGCGUUCGGCUUGGACGAGGCGGCCGUGAAGCGGCUCAAGACCGCGCACGGCAUCGGCGACGCGGACGCGGCGUCGGCGAGCGCGACGGGCGCCAUGCCGCCGAACACGCUCGGCCAAAAGCUGCGGGCGAAGGUCGCGCAGCUCGAGGAGAGCUUGACGGUGCGGGUGAGCGUCGACGGCGAGGAGGCGGAGCGGCGGCGCUUCGGCGACUUCCCCAUCCCUUUGGAGCCCGACGACAACUCGCGCGUGUGGCUCGAGCUGCGGCCGCUCUCCGACGCCGACGGCGCCCAGGGCCCGCACGGCAUCUUCAAGGUUUACUCGCGCGGCGGCGAAGAGCACGCUGAGGGCCCUGUCGACGAGCAGACCCUCUCGCCCGACCCCGAGGGCGAGUACCUGCUCGACGCGCUGCAGCCCGCCGUGGAGAGCGGCCGCGUCGAGAGCCUCUUCGAGAGCGGCCGCGUGCCCGACGAGCGGCUCUCCGACAUCGUCGUCGCGUUGCUCUCUCCGCGAUCAGGCGCCGAUUGCGUUCUUCUCGGCGCCCCGCCGCCGCCGGCCGCUCCGCCGUCCUUCUUUGCCCGGCUGAAGGCCAAGCACCUCAACCCGCUGACGUCUCCGCCGCCGGUUGUACGGGAGCCGCCGCCGCCCGCGGCGGCGGCGGCGCUGCCAGAGGUGGACGCCGACUCUGGGCUCCUCAAGCUUGGCCCGGGCGGGUCGCUGCACCCCCCCUUCGACGGCGCGAGUUUCUUGGUCAACCGCAUCUGCUGCGACGGCACCGCGGCGCGCACCGCGUGGUUCCGCGCGCUCGGCGAGACCGUCGUCUUUGACACGUCGAGCGCUAUGUACGAGUACUCGACGCAGGCGCCCCCCUCUUCUGUGUUGGUUGCACUCAAAGACGAUCUUGGCGUGCUGGGUGGCGGCGGCUACGCCUUGUUCUCGCGCGGUAAGGAUGGGUCCGGCACUCAUGACACGCUCGCCAAGCCCGCCUCCUCGGCGUGCCGACUCGGGAGGCUCACCGAUGCGGACGAGGAGCAGGCGCUGAGCGGCACCGCCGAGGGCCGGAGGGUGGUUGAGUUUGAGCGGGCGGCGAGCGAGCUGAGCGAGCUGGAGCGGGCGGGUCGGGAGGCGGAGGAGGAGGAGGCCUCGGCGGGGAGGGCGCGGAGGGAGGCCGAGUGCGACUUGCGCCUGCUCGAGCAGGAGCUCGACCCGCUGCGCCACGAGGUGGAGCAGCUCCAGCAGCAGCUGGGCGUGGGAGGCACCGGAGGCGGCCGCGGCAGCGGCCGCGGCAGGAAGCGGGCGCGCCAGGGGGUGGCUUAG